AUGGCUGUCGAAAUCCUGAGAAACGUACAGGAAGAGGUUACCUGCCCCAUUUGCCUGGAACUCUUGAGAGAACCAUUGUGCCUGGAAUGUGGCCACAGCUUCUGCCAAGCUUGCAUCACUGCAAACAGCCAGGAGUCGAGUCAAGCAGGGAAGAACAGCUGUCCUAUAUGCAGAAUCACUUACGAUCCUGGGAACAUGAGGCCUAAUCGGCAUCUGACCAAUUUAGUAGAGAGGCUCAGAGGGGUCAAUUUAAGCCUAGAGGAGGAAGAGAAGAAAGAGCUCUGUGCGCACCAUGGAGAAAAGUUGCUGCUGUUCUGUAAGGAGGACUGGAUGUUCAUUUGCUGGCUGUGUGAACGGUCUCAGGAACACCGUGGUCACCACACGCUCCUCAUUGAGGAGGCAGCCGAAGAAUGCAAGGAAAAGCUCCAGGCAUCUCUGGUGCAACUGAGAAAGAAGCAGCAGAAAGCUGAAAAAUUUGAAACUACUCUCAGAGAACACAGAUCUUUUUGGCAGAAUCAAAUAGAAAAUGAGAUUCAAAGUGUCCAGAAAGCAUUUAAACAAAUACGAGAUGCCAUGGAUUUGGAGGAACAAAAGGAGCUGCAAAAGCUGAGGGAAGAAGAGAAAACAAUUCUCCAUGACCUGGCAGAGUCCGAGAAGGAGCUGGUUCAACAGAGCGAGUUCACACGAGGUCUCAUCUUGGAUCUGGAGCACAAACUACAGGCAUCAACAAGAGAGAUGCUGCACAAUGUGAAUGAUGUUCUCAAAAGGAGUGAGAACUUGACUCUGACAAAGCCAAAAACUGUUUCCCGGAAAAAUCGCAAAGUAUUUAGAGCUACUGAUCUGCGUGGGAUACUGAAAGCAUUUGAUGGGCCUAUGAGGACAAGCCAGUUAGGAGAGAAGACCCCCGCUAGACGCUACCCUCAUUCUGCCAAGAGAAGAACUGAAAGAUGUGCAAUGCUACUGGGUUUUGAUGACUCUGAAAGUUCAUGACAAUAACCAGGGAUGGAAGACAAGUGAGAUGUGUACCAAAUAGGAGUUCACAGCUGAAUUUUUCAACAGGUGCUCGUGAUAAUUAUGUUCUGGGCUCUGAAGUUACCAAAUCAGGAAAGUGUUACUGGGAGGUAGAUGUGUCAUACAGACAUGAAUGGACUGUGGGUGUAAGUCAAAUCAUAUUAGUUAGAUCCUCUCAAUUCAAUCAACAAAAUAAUUAUUACUCUAUCUUUGGAUCUGUGGGGUCCUUAGCAUUCC